AUUCAGCAUGUGGAAUGUAUACAACCAGUGAAGCAACGUAAUCAGUCCGAAUAAUACUUUAUUUACGAACCCAGCCCAUCUACGGAACGGUUAUUGGAAUUGGGAUUUCCACAGGUUCUUUUACUUUAAUUAGUAUACAGAAGUUGGUUGAACGACGAUGGCAUACGUAGCGAACCCCGACAGAAAUUUUCUUUUCGACGUGUUCAAUGGAGUGGACAGGGAUAGGAGUGGCCUAAUCAAUGCUGAUGAACUGGGCAUGGCCUUAUCGAAUGGUACCUGGAGUCCAUUCAAUCCCGAAACGGUCCGUUUAAUGAUUGGAAUGUUUGAUAAGCAGAACCAGGGGCAGGUGAACUUUGAUGAUUUCGCAGCAUUAUGGAAAUACGUCACCGAUUGGCAGAAUUGCUUUCGUUCUUUCGAUCGCGAUAAUUCAGGGAAUAUUGAUAAAAACGAGCUUCAGACGGCUUUAACCACCUUCGGCUAUAGAUUGUCCGAGAGUUUGGUUGAAACCAUGGUCCGAAAGUUUGAUAGACAGGGUAACGGAACUAUAUUAUUCGACGAUUUCAUUCAAUGUUGCAUUGUCUUACAUACCCUCACUUCUGCCUUCAGACAACACGAUGCUGACGGAGAUGGUGUGAUUACCAUUCAAUAUGAACAAUUCUUGAAUAUGGUAAUGAAUAUGAAACUUUAAACGAAUUUAUUUCAAAUAAACAUAUUUCCUUAAAUAUAUUAUCUUCCGAAACCAA